AUUUUCCACUACCGGUUCUCCAGAACUGAUCAGAACCUGCUGAAUAUCAACCUCUGAUCUGAUCUCUUCUCCUUUCUGGUACAGGGAUGGUGUUCAAAGUGUCUUGAGCAGUUUGUCCAUUGACCCCAAAGAAUUGGCCUAUGGACACACCAAGAUUUUCAUCCGAAGCCCAUCCACGCUUUUUGAUUUGGAGAGGAGACGCCAGCAGCGAGUACAGGAGUUGGCUGCCUUAAUCCAAGCAGCUUUCCGGGCAUGGAAGUGUCGUAAGAAUUACCAAGAGAUGCGCAGGAGCCAGAUCCUUAUUUCGGCUUGGUUUCGGGGCCAAAGAGAAAGGAAGAAAUAUUUAAAAAUGAAAAUGUCGGCUAUUCUUAUUCAGGCCUAUAUCCGAAGUUGGAAGUCUCGUAAACUCCUGCGAGAGUUAAGGCAACAGAACUGUCGUGCUCAGGCUGCCACCACCAUUUCUGCUUACUGGAAAGGUUACCAGGUAUGGCUGGAGAACAUGCCUAGAUCUCAGCACAGUGGCCAUGAUUAG